UGUUGAUAAACCGAAAGUUCUGUACACAAAAUGCUCCGCAGGCUCUUGCUUCGUGAAUUCCGUGCGCGAUCCCGCUGCCUCGGGAUGCUUUUCUAUACGACGAAUUCGAUAGGGCAAUGCCGCUCAUUGCAGCGUCUGUACAUUGUUUGCCAAAUGUACUUUGGCACUUGUGUAUCAUAACAUACUGUUUCCUCAGCAUUUGGGGCCUUUUUAAAGCAAUGAACGCCAAGUCACCUUGGGAAAGACGAUUGUGUUUCUCUCCGCCUUUCAUGAUGCGCAUGCUGGUGCUUGUCCUUCGAUCCUUGGGAGUUGGUGGUGGUAAUCCUGCAGCGUUUACGCACGUUGUCCUUCAAGAUCUGAUAGCCGUAAUCGGUGGCACAAUCGGCGCGAUGCGCAUCCCCGAGAAAUGGUUUCCGGGCAGAGUGGAUCUCUUGCUCAAUUCUCACAAUAUCAUGCACGUGAUGGUCGUGAUAGCCGUGUGCUCUAUGCACGCGGCUACUUUACAAGAUCUCGCUUGGAUGAUCGAACCGGAAGUCUGCCUCACCGUAUCUUCCAACAUCACGCACGACGAGCUUUAAGAACGGAUAGCUCUCGACGACAGCAAUAACAAAAACAAAAGACCCGUACGACGGUCGAUUGCGAGGCAACCUUUACAAGUUACUGAAUUUACGCGAUAGUGAAGUUUGUUGAUGAGUUAAAUUCUACUCGAAUGUCAUUUCAAUUGGGAAUAUCACAUUUAGAACAUUCCAUUGUUUUACUUUUAAAUUCAUGUUGAAAGAGAAUAAUCAUUGAAAGCAUGCCAAUUAUAGAAGUUAGCUAUACGCAAUUGUUUCUUAGUAAACGAAACAAAAAAAUAAUUCUGUUAAUGCUGUCACACUGUAAAAAUUAGACCAAAUAUUGCCUAUUAUCCAAUGCAUUUUGGAAUGAGUUACUUUUUAAAUUAUCAGUUUGAAGUGUUAUAACGCGUGUUAAUCGUUAUUUUAUUGAAAUAAAAUUUUAAUAAUAGAAACAGAAACAUUCUGUCAAAAAAAGUGUAGUAUAUAGAUACUGAUUGAUUUUGUAAAAAUCACUCAAAAUUUUCAGGUCUUACUUAAUCUUGAAAAAAUUUAGAUAAGGUUGUUUACAUUUGCACUCCAAAUGCGCAAGUUUAACUGUUGACAAAGAGAGUAUUUGUAUUUGUUUUUAAUAUUUGAAAGAGCACUGGUAUAUAUGCCUCGCAAAAAUAUUUUAAUAAUACACUAAAAUAACGUUCUGAAAAAGUUUGUGCUUUUUGGUAUUUUAGUGUUAUACUAAAAAUAUCCACAACAGCUCCUCAAUGGUUAUUUGUUGAAAUAUUAUUUCUAUCGUGCAUAUAAAGAUUGAUGCAUUCCCACUGCACUUGUUAUAUAACAACUAUACAAAAGGAUUGCCUUGCGACACUAAAAUACAAAUAAGUUCGAACAUUUUGAGGUAUGAAUGGUUUUUGCGAAAUUAAUUGUUUAUAACGUAGAUAAUAUCCAUUAUCCUCCAAGCAUCUGUGAUUCCUCGCCGCAUUGUAUAUCGUGCUGCCAUCCGCUGCUACUCGAAAAAAUAAAAUAUUACCUUCUCUAUAAAAAUUCGCAAUGUUUGAUAUAAAAAUUAUGAAGGAAAAAAUCGACGAAAAAAAUAUACAAAAAAGCUUAAAAAAAAGAAAUACGGGAAGAAAACAUCUUUCUUGCAUAUAUUGCGCUUUUUCUAAUAGUUGCACGUAAACGCUGUGAUGGCUAUCGCGUAUUUUUUCUUCCGUUCUGCGAGCUUGAAACGUAGUUUUCUAGCUCGCGUAAUACUCUACAGUGAAUACAGAUUGAAAAAAUAUCAAAUAUUCAUUGACUCGCCAGGUUUUCGCGGGGUUUAAAAUAGUAAAGUUUAUAAUACAAUGUACCUGCAUAAUGUAAAUAAGACUAUUUUAUUGAACUCAAGAAAUCUAUUACAAAGUACAGCUUUUACGGCUGAUGAUGUAGCAUUGAAUUGAACUACGUUGGAUUUUGUUCCCUAUUAAAUUUAUUUUAUAGAAUAUUGUACAGCCUUGCAUAACAAAAUAACGAAUGAUUCCUUUGAUAAUCUAUUCAAUCUUUUAAAGCAAAUUGGGAUCGUUAUAUAAAAUUGUAAAACGAUCGUCAAACGAUACCUAGAAUCUUUUAGAAACUUUUCCACCACUCACGUGCUUCCCUAUAAUACCUACUUGUAAUCAUUUUUUCUAAAUUUAAAUACCUAUAUACCUUAUAGAUUCCUAUCAACCUAUUCAAAUAAAUAUAGAUAUCCGCGCGGUGUAGAAAAGAGCACUUGUUUGUGAGAAAGACUAGGAUUAAUGAAGAUAUAUUCAGCGUUGCGAAUAUUCCUUAUACAUUUUUGUUAAGCUGCACCAUUGGCACGUGGUAAUUUUUCAAAUGUCAAUUCAAUUUGCGAAAUCAUAUUGUUAACGAAAUUUUUGAAACAAAAUAUCUGUUUUAUGUACAUAACCAAACCAUGAUAAGAUAGAACGCGAUUUUUCAGAUUCCGCUUAUUCGACUGAAAAAAUUUUGAUGAAAAACUAUAACUUUUUAAAAAAUGGAUACACUUUCAAUUUGAUAACAUUAAAAUAGGUCAAAUUUCAAAAUUACAGCUAUUAUUAUUGACUUACUCCUCUGAUUAUUUGUAUGGAAAUUCAAAGUUGUUAAUAUGGUUUAAUUUUAUUGUCAAUUAUUGAUCUAUAACGAUUGCUAAUACGCUAAAACAAUAAAAAAUAAAAAAAAACAAGAAAACAUCAUCCGUAAAUUUAUUGGAACGGAUCAUGUGUUAUUUUAUAAAAAAAACUUAUGAGUAGACAUAUAUUUAUGGAAUUACAAAUAGAGAAUUUAUUAAAACGCACGAAGUAUCACUGUAUGUACAAAGUACGCGUAAACCAGUUCAAAAAGUCUAUUCAAUUUGAAAAUUCCACGAAAUUAUAGAUAGCAAAUUUUUUUAGACAGAUUUCCUUAUCUUAUGCGUGCAUGUAAAUUAUUAGCCAUUAAUUUCUUUAUUUUUUUACAACAAAAAAUAAAUAAGUUCACCGUUUUCAAAAAACGGAUAAAGAAAGUGUAAAGAUUCAAGAUCAUCGAUAUCGUCAUGAAAGGCUGUGAUGCGUUUAUGAACGCCAAAUAUAUGCUGUUAAAAUGUAGUACCAUCGGGAAUAUUGUUUUGUUAAUCGUUGAAUUUUUUAGUUGAAAAAAAAAACAAAAAAACAAAUUAUACAAAGUUUAAAAUAAAAUUGUUAAAAAUGUAUAUACAGUUUAUUCUCAAAAGUAAGAAAAUAUAUAUUUCUUCUAGUAUGUAUCAGCAAAAAAAAUUAAAAUUAUUUUAAAGGAAAUAUAUAACUACACGUUAAAAAGGAAAUGAAAAAAAAAAAUGUGGUUGUAGAUCAGCAUUUUAAUAGUUUCUUGUAGCACAUAAAAAUGGAGAAUAACUUCGAAAAUAUGGAAGCUUCGAAACCAUUUGUAUUAUUAUUAUUAUUAUUAUAUAGAUAAAAAAAGAUUACUAGAUAAAUAAAUCAUAUGC